UCACCACACACCCCAUUCUCAUCCCCAGCAUCCUCAUCAUCCACCACACACAUACCAUGGCCAGCGAAGGAUUGAACCAGCACCGCGAAGGACUCACCACCUCGCACCAUGACUGGACCAUGAUCCAGGUCGGACAACUCGUCCAGAACCAAAAAGUUAUCACAAUUGAUGCCAACGCUUCGGUCGAAGAUGCUUGCGAAAUCCUCACGAAACACGGCAUCCGCUCAGCACCGGUCUACGAUCCUGAGAAGAAGAUGUACGUCGGCAUGUUUGAUUACAGCGACCUCAUGACCUAUAUUCUCUUGGUCCUCAAGAAGAUGAAUGUUUCCGCAGAGGAUCAGACCAUGGAGAUGCGCGAUUUGAUCCAAAGGGCGAGUCACAGCCAGAAUGUUCCCGUCAAGUUAGCGGCUGAUCUUUCUGGCAAGGACCCAUUCUGUACCGUCAUAGCAGAGACACGGCUCGGGGCUGUUGUGAACAAUUUUGGCACGGGAAUCCACAGAGUUGCUGUCAUGGACUCUACAGGAAACCUUGCUGGAAUCUUGUCACAAUCUUCGGCAUUGGACUAUCUGAUGCGCCAUUUGAGCGAGUUUUCACAGCUUCAGCCAGUCAUGCAGCAGACACUUCAGCAGCUGGGUCUUUCAAGUAGUAAAGUAUUGUCCGUGCAGGGAGACGCACAAGUCCUCGAGGCAUUAAUCGAAAUGAGCAAAUAUAGCGUCUCAUCUCUGGCAGUGCUUGAUGAUCAAGGUGUCUUGCUCGGUAAUAUCAGCAUGACGGACAUCCAGCUGAUCAUGAAGGACCUGAAGACAUCAUGGUUGUGGCUCAGCUGUUUCCAGUUUGUGUCAAAGGUCAAGAUUGCACAGGGCAUGGAGGAUGGCCAGGACCAAUAUCCGGUGAUGGAUGUGAAUGAAAAGUCAACGUUCGGAUACACUCUGUCGAAGCUGCAGGCAACCAAGGUCCACCGACUAUGGGUCGUGAAUGAUAAGGGACUGGUUGCUGGUGUGGUCAGUCUCACGGAUGUGUUCAAGAUCCUCAGUACCCUUAUCGAUUCGUGAGGGCAGACUGGAGGGCGGACAGGAAAAGGGAAGUGGGAAGGCUGGCUGGUAAUUGAACAGGCAAACGGCAAGAAGGACAGCAAGCAAAGCGAAUGAGAGCUUUUUCGCGAGGGAAUACUUCGAUAGUUUGCUUACAUACGGUUUGCUUACUCAGUUUGUGCAGGAAAUAAAAAUAUCCGCUGCGAUCACUUCGUCAUCUGCAACGGCAACUCCAAAAGCGCUCUCUCAAAAAUUUUAGCGGAUGGUGACCAAUACCAAGUCCGUCAUGGGAGAGGAAAGCGCAUCAAUGCUAACCAGAUUCGUCCCCUGCGGAACAAACAAUGGAUACAGUGAAGGUCUCCAUAAUCAUCCUUACCCCUGGGCCAUGUUGUCACCAGCCGGGGGCCAUGACAUAAGUGCUGCACACCGCCCCGAUACCAUACCGAUGCCAUGGGACUGAAGCGUGCCCUGCCAUUGGCG